AUGAAUGGUUCUCCUGACGACAGCAGUCUGCUUUCCUCUACCAGCUUCUUAAGAGGCGCCCAUGUUUCUAACACACGCUUUGGUGAAGAGCUGAGCGUGUUCAUGUUUGCUGUGAACAUGGUCCUUGGGACAGGUGAUGGAUGUGGACACACUGUUCUGGGUCCUGAAAGUGGAACACUUGCCUCAAUAAACUACCCACAGACCUCUCCCAAUAGCACAGUUUGUGAAUGGGAAAUUCGUGUAAAGCCUGGGCAGCGAAUUCAGCUCAAAUUUGGUGAUUUUGAUAUUGAUGACUCAGAUUCUUGUCAUUCAAGUUACUUAAGAGUUCACAAUGGGAUUGGCCCCACCAGGACAGAGAUAGGAAAAUACUGUGGCUUUGGCUUUCAGAUGGAUGGUUUAAUUACUUCAAAAAGUAAUGAAGUCACGGUACAGUUCAUGAGUGGAACACACACUUCUGGACGUGGAUUUCUUGCAGCUUAUUCAACCACUGACAAAUCAGACCUAAUUACCUGUUUAGACAAUGCAAGUCAUUUUUCCGAACCAGAAUUCAAUAAGUAUUGUCCAGCUGGGUGUGUGAUUCCUUUUGCUGAUAUUUCAGGCACUAUUCCCCAUGGAUACAGAGACUCAUCAUCACUUUGUAUGGCUGGUGUUCAUGCAGGCGUUGUGUCAAAUACUCUGGGUGGUCAGAUUAAUGUUGUAAUCAGCAAGGGCAUUCCGUACUACCAGGGCUCCCUGGCGAACAAUGUCACCUCAAAAGUGGGACCGUUAUCUACAAGUCUCUUCACGUUUAAGACGAGUG